UCAGAGCCAUAUUGAGGACAUUGAGAGGAGUCUACAGAAGUGUGAAGACCCUUCUAGACCCACCAUGGCCUGUGGGUGUGCCUAAGUGGUGUUCUAAAGGUUGGAUGUGUCUUCCGCUAAGGGGAAACUCUGCCGAAAUUUCGUGGACACCGACAUUUGUUGCACUAGUCACAUGACCCCACGGACAGAUUUGCUUGAUGAGGUAAAACCCCCUGGGAAGAUUAAGUAUGUGGCAGCAGCGUCAGGGGCUUUGCUCCCUGUCAUUGGUGUUGGAAAUGCCAAGGUUAAGGGAGCUAAUGGGGAGCUUGUGGGGCUUGGGAAUGUUCCGCUGGUUGAAGGACCAGCCAAGACCCCACUUGCACUUGUGCACAUGGAUGUGGUGGGGCCCACAAGAGCCCCUUCCCUCUCAGGCAGCCGCUAUGUCUUGACAAUUGUGGAUGACCACACUCGAGCAGUGUGGGUUUACCCUUUGAAGAGCAAGGGGGAGGUGGCAGCGGAUGUCCUUAAGGAGAGGGAUGUGCGCCCUCCAGUGAGGCUGACCUAUGGGGGAAGAGGCAAGCCGAAUGUGGUGCAGGCUGGGAGUGUGGUUGAGCAGAUUGAGGAAGAUGAGAUCGCUCACUGCUACUGGGCACCAAUCCCUGAGCCCAAGACUCGAGAAGAGGCCUUGAAUGGACCAAAGCAGAUGCUGGAGAUGCAGUUCAAGUGCUCCAAGAUGGGUGAGGGGAAGUACUACUUGGGGAUGCAUGUGGAGAGAGAUGUGGAGAAGGGUGUGUUGAGGUUGCACCAGAGGAAGUACUGUGAGGGGCUGACUGAGAAUUAUGGGCUGCAAGAUGGGGGAAAGCCAGCAACACCACUACCUUCGGGGUUUACUGUGGAGCCAUGUGCUGAUGAGAAGGCCUAAGUGGCAUUGGGUGAGGAGACUCCUUGAUAAGGAGGUGCGGCUGGAGAUAGUGAAGAUCCAUCAGCAGGCAGCAGAUAUUUUCACUAAGCGU